GAUGUACAAAACCCCGCGAUAAGGGAAUUGGUGGAGCCCAGCAGUGAGCAGUCCCAUUCCGCAGGCCCACCACGGUUCCACGCCUCCAGGUCAGCUGUGCAAGCAAGUUGUCUACGCACUUUGCACUUCAGUAAUUGCAGCUGUAUUUACAAAUUCUGCUAAGACGACUGCGUAGGGGCGCUAGUGUAGCGAAGGAGUUCGGUCGUCGGAUGCGUUUGUAGCAGCAAAGAUGCAGUGCCUAGAUAAAAGCAGGAUGAUGCAGGCUAGCUCUCGCUGCGCGUCAGGUUCACGGAGCGUACCUGCACGCGUCUCCUCACGGGCCAGCGCUGUCAGCGUGCGCUGCACCAUCCAGGAGGCCCGCCCGGCGUCCACACCUGCCGCCGCCAGCACCCCCGCGCUCAAUGGCGUCGCGUCCCCUGUCGCCGGCGCCGUGCCGCCCAUCGCGCUGCCACGUGGAGCCGUGCCCAACCGGCCCAUCCUGGAGGUUCCGGACUGGGAGAACCAGUACCGGCGCCACACCGCCUCGGCGCGGCACGGCAGCGCCGGCACGCCCGGCUCGCUCAGCCGGCUACGCCUGUUCUCGGGGACAUCCAAUCCGACCCUGGCCACCGAGGUGGCUCACUACCUGGGCCUGGAGCUGGGCAAGAUCAAGUGCAAGCGGUUCGCGGACGGCGAAAUCUACGUGCAGGUGCAGGAGUCCAUCCGCGGCUGCGACGUGUUCCUGAUCCAGCCCACCUGCCCCCCCGUGAACGACCACCUCAUGGAGCUGCUCAUCACCAUAGACGCCUGCCGCCGCGCCUCCGCCAGGUCCAUCACCGCCGUCAUCCCCUACUACGGAUACGCGCGCGCAGACCGCAAGGUCCAGGGCCGCGAGUCCAUCGCCGCCAAGCUGACCGCCAACCUGAUCACCGAGGCCGGCGCCGACCGCGUGCUGGCCAUCGACCUGCACAGCGGCCAGUGCGUGGGCUACUUCGACAUACCCGUGGACCACGUGUACGGCGAGACGGUGAUCCUGGACUACCUGGCCUCCAAGCGCAUCGCCACCGGGGACCUGGUGGUGGUGUCGCCCGACGUGGGCGGCGUGGCGCGGGCGCGCGCAUUCGCCAAGAAGCUCAACGAUGCGCCGCUGGCCAUUGUGGACAAGCGCCGCUCGGCCCACAACGUGAGCGAGGUGAUGAACCUCAUCGGCGACGUCAAGGGCAAGGUGGCGGUGCUGGUAGACGACAUGAUCGACACGGCCGGGACAAUCACUAACGCCGCCAAGGUGCUGCAGAAGGAGGGCGCGCGCGAGGUGUAUGCCUGCGCCACGCACGCCGUGUUCUCGCCGCCCGCGGUGGAGCGCCUGUCCAGCGGCGUGUUCCAGGAGGUGAUUGUGACCAACACCAUUCCGGUGCCGCCGGAGAACGUGUUCCCGCAGCUCACCAUCCUGUCCGUAGCCAACCUGCUGGGAGAGACCAUCUGGCGCGUCUACAACGCCGCGUCCGUGCAGGCGCUGCGGGACUAGAUAGAGGGCGCUGGGGCGUGGGGUGAAGCGUGGGAUGGAGGGCGUGCGGCGCCGGCGGCUGGCGACCGGCGGGGAAUGGAGCUGGAGGAGGAGAGGCAGUGAGCGGAGGUGACCAAGGGCCAAGGGAGGCGUUGAAGGGGUGCAGGCAGCGAACAGAGCCGGGCUGGCGAGAGCGGCUGCGACGGCGCCCGCAGGGCCGCUUGCAGCCGAGGCAUGCAUGGAGGAAAGGCGCGGCGCGGAGGCUGUGCUAUCGGAGCUGGCGGGCAAGGCAGCUGCUAGUGCUGCCGCUUCGCUCACCGUGACGGCAGCUGCCGCACAGGCGCCAGGCGGUUGCCAAGCUUGGGGCUGGCCGCAGCUUUAGAAGCGGGUGGCUGCAGCGUUGCGCUGUGUGCUCUGGAGGCUGCUGGGCAGCGGGAUGGAAAGAUCUUGGAUGUUUGUGUUUGACAGGACGCCCGCGCUGGCGCGGGUAGACUGUUAGUUUAGGACCACACUGCUGUUUUACUACGACGGAACUCUGGACGUGACGACACACAUCCGUAGUUGGCGCACCUGCGCGGAGAGCGUGGAAGGGAGCUGGAGAGCACUCGCGAGUCGCGGGGUUUGGCACAUGGGUGGGUCCGGGGCCCAGGAGGUGCACGGACACAAAGUGUAUAUGGCCGGCAGUAGGCGCCAUGGGGCAGCAGGGCGUGCGAUCUAGGGUGCAGUGGACCCAGGUGGCGCCGGGGGGCAGGCAGGGGCGCGCACAGCCGCACACGUUGCUAGUAGCUGUGCACAAGCGACGCGCACACGAGUGUCAGGGCGGCCAGGUAACUCUUGGCAUGCGGGUUGGGCGACGGCGUUUUACCUUCGUGCGUGACUUGGGAACAAAUGAAAGACAUGCGCGUGUGGUGGUAAUAAAGCGGUGAGGAUACCGACUUGGGUGUGGCAGGAACACUGCCCUCGGGCGGUUGUGGAUUGCCCCGGCGCGUGGAUGGGUGGGUGUCGGCUGCAAGGGCCAAAAGUGCGCAAGUUUGGAGCGGGGAUUCGAGGAAGGGCAGCGGCCCCAACCGUUGGCGUGUGCCGUGUAAGGCUGUAAGCGUUGUUCCCA